AUGUCGGCUGUGACGUGGUGCUCGUCGUGGUCACUCUCGACUGAUGUUGAUGAUGAUAGCACCGUACAGCUUUUGAGCGAAAGCAAUGCGUCUAUCUCUUUGCAACCAUUUCGUCUUAUCUGCCCAAAAGUUGAUGUCUCUGUCCCAUGCCAGCUCUCACUUCUCUGGACACAACAGCCACUGUGUUGUGCACAGCUCCAGCUUCAGGUGCAAUGCUCUGCUCGUCAUGUGGAACUCUAUGCGGAAGGCACAAGGUGUAACUUACUAGGUGAGCAACAGAAGGGAGAAGUGUAUUUGGGUACAUUCCGAGGCACAAAGCAGAGUUCUGAGCCACAACUCUUUGCCAUGUCGCCAUUUUUGAAGAGCGAUCAAGACUGCACCGUGCUUAAAAGUUUGCAGGCUUUGCGAAUCAAGUUUGUGUCGUUGAUAGGAGACAAACGUGUACUGUAUUUACAAGAGUUUCGAUGUAUGUAUGUACGUACUGAACCGGUAGCUGAAGUUAGUUCAAGUACUGCAGGAUUGACAGCUAAGAUUGCUGAAUUUGGUCUUGACGAAGGUUCUGAUGCUGCUCCGGACGUACGAGUGUUUCUGAAAGGCUUUCAAGAGACGUUAGAGAGGGAAAUGGAGACGAAAAUUGCCCGAGUGAUUGACGCAAAGAUGUCGACGUUGACCCAACGCCUGGCCUUGUCGGAACAGGCAAUUCUUCGCUUGCACAAGAAGAUGAACACAAAAGAAGCCGACGUUCAGGAGAGUCUGAACCAGAUCCAGCAGAAGUUAUUACAGUUAGAAGUUCAGCUGAGCCUAUUCAGCGUUGCAAAAGAAGCAGAGCAGAAGAAAAAGAACGAUCUGGAUUGA